GGGACGUAUUCAUUAUCGCGUUUUGGUAAUAGUAAUUUUCAAAGAUUCAAAUCGUGAAAUAAGGAAAUACACGUUUUUAUAUUGCUUCUGUUUAAAAAUAUAUGAAUCCAAAUAGUUGCUUGUGUGUGUGUGUUUACAUUGGUUAGUCAGGAACGCUAGUGGGAAUUGCGUUCAAUGAUCGCCAUUUUGAUUCUGUUGAUACGGCACAGUACGUUUUAUUCUAAAUGAAGGUCUAGGUACCGGUAGUUUCCUGAACAGCUUACUUCGUACAGUUUGGCCCACUGAAGAUUGGGGGACGCAGCACAUGGUGUUGGACAAAGCGUUAACACCCCCUCUGUGGCUGUUAGUAGUAGCCGAGCUCCAGCUGAUUGCUUUGAGUCCAGUGAGGACACUUGGAUGAUCAAUUAAUCCAAACUGAGCUGUUUAGGACUAUUCGGAUCCCUGUGGCCGCUCGUGUCGGCAAAGCCAUCCACCUUCGUUGUCCAAUUUGACCACCGAGGACUAUUUAUAGAAGCGGAUAUUUGCUACUUGAGUUGGCUGAAGAUCCUAUACAACGACAAGGCCCCUGUUUCAUCCCCAGCCUUGCGUACCCUUGGUCAUUUUGUUGAAGUCAUGGGGGAUACUGGUAGUGAGCGCAGCAAACCCUUACCACCUCGGUGUCCAUGUGGAUUUUGGGGGUCCAGUAAAACCAUGAACCUCUGCUCAAAAUGUUUUGCUGAUAUCGAGCAGAAGCAGACAGACGAUGACUGUACCUCAAAGCCCAGCCCAAGCACUGGCAGUAGCCAAUUGUCUGUCUUCAGUGGCGAGUCGAGCAGCAACAGUAGCCAAUCCCUAUCGUUGUCACCACCCACUAGCUCGGAGCAGCCAUCGGUGUCAACUGAAGACCCUGUCCCCACAUUAACAACUACACAGGAGGGAGGAUCGUCAUGCACAGAAACAGCCCAAGGCACCCUCUGUACACCCACAAAACGUCCUUGCGAAUCAGCUUCAGGGUCGGAGAGUGAGGCGUCACCAGAGAAACGGGCACGGCGGGACUUGGAGGGGGAGGCGGCGAGCGAGGAGCCUAGCCGAGGUCCCAAGCAGAAAAACCGCCGGCGCUGCUAUCGCUGCCAAACCAAACUGGAGCUGGUACAGCAGGAACUGGGAUCCUGUCGCUGCGGCUACGUGUUCUGCAUGCUCCACCGUCUACCUGAGCAGCACGACUGCCUGUUCGACCACCUGGGACGUGGGCGCGAGGAGGCCGUCCUCAAGAUGGUGAAGCUGGACCGCAAGGUGGGCCGCUCGUGCCAACGCAUCGGAGAAGAGUGCUCUUGAGUUGCCCCCGCUGCCCGCCCGUCACCACCCAUCCACACAACAGAGAAGCGGCACUUAAAUAGAGAGGGGGACGUAAGAGAGAGCAAGGAAGAGAGGGAGGGAAGGUGAAGAAGGAGAGAGCAUGGUUGUAAUAGAUCCACACUUACCCCACCAUUCUGGAGCUGAGGGUUGUUGACCCACUCCUGUUAGUCUUGACCCCUCCAGAGGGGAACAGUUUGGACACUGCCUUGGACAUGGUCACCAUGGCAACCUCUGGAGCCACACUGUCACUAUCGCACGUUCGUUUUCACACAGCCUUAACUUGUCAGAGGGGUAUACUACAAAGCAGGAUCAAUUGGUUAGCCAGCUAUCUUUGAUGAACAAACAGAAAUAACUAUUGAUUUUCAGGUUCAAUUAAGAAAGCUCAACUUAGCUAUGUGUUUUUGGUUGAGUAAAUUGGACCAUGCCCAUUUCAAGCUUAUCUUUCUAAAGAAUUAAGUUAUUUCACAAUAUUUACACAAGUUAGCUGGCAAACUAAUUUUUUUCCUUUUUAAUCUCACAGCAGCGCCAUCGCUCAACAAAAUCUUACCCCUCAGUCUUUGUUUCACUGAUCACAAAAGAUUAGUCUGCACCAGUACUUUCUAAAUGAAACUGACCUCUUUCUUGGCUCCUUUGUCAUCUUGGUAAGCAGGUUUUCAGUACAUCAUUGGUGACAGAUAUCCGGAACAUAGCCCUGUCUGUCCCUUGUCCACUCCUCAGGUUGUAGGGUGGAAUGUUGACCUUUACCCCCCCCCUCUCUUCCUUUUCUGCUCCCUCACCCAAUGGCUCCUGCAUGGCAUUGGAUUGAAAUAGCGUGUGUUAAGGACGUCGUCGUCCCCGGACAUGGGUCAGUUGUUGUGUGGCCAUGUUUGUUCUUAUGAGACUGCUAGACUGGUUUGACUACAAACCGGACCACAAACCCUUGUACUGCAGCCUACUCCUCCGCUUCUCUCAGCUGGAUUAGAGUCUGAACAAAUGGACUAGAGUCACACACACAGAACCUCUCUGAAGCAGAAGCCCUUCUCUGCCUGCUGCUCUUUGAAUAAGUGAUGCUGUUGCUGUUAAUGCUCUCCUUCUGUUUUGUACUACCCCGUGCACUCUUACUCCCUUUAUUUUUACAUACACACUACACAAUCCGACUCACUGGACUGUCAAACUAUGGCUCUAUUCUUUUGGCCAUACAAGCAGACCACUUAAAAAGCAUGCAUAAUACAUUGCUUCAUUUUUUUGUAGUAUGCUAGUCUGUUCCAUAUUUUACUCCUCCUACCCCAGUCACACUACUUGAGUGUGCUGGUCCCAAUGCUCAUCUCAUUCUUCUUCCUCACUUCCCUCUCUGCUUCCUUCUCUUACUGGCCCCCUUCCUCCGGUGCGAGGAAUGACUGAAGGAUGGCAGGAGCGACGUGUAGAGUGGCAUAGUGGGUGGUUUUAUUUUGGUAUUUCUGCGACCCGUCAUCUCUCGAGUGCCGAUGGGGAAAAUUUAAGAAAUGUUAUCUUUCUGUAUCUUAAAAGAAAUUUUAUUUAACCAUAUAUUAUUUUGAUUUACUUACACAUUAGCAUAGAGCUGCAUAUUUAGUUAAAUGUAUAAAACCAGAACAAUUGUUUUAUGUUCUCCUUUUAUUUGAUUAUUUUCCCCUUUUUGCUGAGGAUGAAUAAACUGGAUUAGAGGAAUUGGGUGGCCUGUGUGAUCUUUAAAACAUUUGAAUUAUUUCAUUAAAAUAAGGGUAAACAUUUUGCAUUAUUUUCUACAGAAACCUAAAGCAGUUCAUCAAAACAAGUGAUAAUGGAAAGUGUGAACCUGAUUCUAUGGAAAAUUUUGCAAACGUCUGUAACAAUAAAAAGCUCUCUAAAAUAGACAA